AUGUUCGAACCUAGCAACCGGCGGUUACUUAUGCGCCGUAACGGUCGGCCUCAAGCUUGUGAUCCUUGUCGUAAGCGAAAGUUAGCUUGUGAUCAUACACAACCCGUCUGUAACCGAUGUAGGAAGAGAAAACAGGACGCGGAAUGCGUCUACAUCCUAUCGGAUUCAACAACACCGAGGUCUAAUAGUCCGUUGCCACCUCUGUCACCUUGCACACCGCGCUUGGCUACACGGAAACUCCCCCGGCCAAUUCAAAAUAAUCCGGAGGUAGUAUCUCGCAUACAGGCUCCGGGCCUUACGCAACCCGGCUAUCUUGGCCCAACUAGUUAUUGUAAUAUCUAUGAGGACACCGAGAACAGCUUGUCACUUCUCCAGAGUUCCGAAUCCACCCAUCAUGAAAACACUGCUCGCAAUGCUUUUGUGGGAGGCUCUAGAGAUGUUCUAUCCACUCGCAUCCGCGAGAUGUGUCUCACAAUCCUCCGCAAUAUCCCUGAUACUAAAAAUGGCAAAACACUUCGAUUCAAGCUUGGAUAUGAUGGCUGGGUUCGUCUUGUUGCAUUACGAGGAGCCAAGGCCUUCUAUGAUGCUUUCGGGCAUAUCUUCACUCCAGAAAAUCGCACUACAGCCCAACUGGAAGAACUGGCUCGACUUAUUUGCAGUAAUACUCUAAAGCCACUGUCAGAUGAUCAAUCAGACCCAGAUCGAUGGGUUGGCCAAUUUAUAGGGCAAAAUACGCGCUGGGAGCUCAUAGGAAUACUUUCCGUCUUUUGGGAGUUUGUUCCUGCUUCGGAUGCUACUACGUUAUGGAAAGGAAAACGCUCGGCUGAGUACGACAAGACCUUCCGCAUAUCUAGGGAUUAUAUACGCUUGUGCUUUGAACUAGGCAAGGAGUUCUGCACUGGAAAUGCCUUAAUGCUUUAUCUUAGCCAGAGGUGUGCCGUUGUGGAUUCUAUGAUCGUCGGCGAUGCUAAUUUGCUCGUAUGGAGAUCCCAUGCGGAGGGAGUAUCACUCCUUACCUUUCUCGGAUACCAUGCGAUGACACCAAAUGACAGACAUUCGACGACUAUGACAGCCGAGAUUAAGAAGUUAUUGUUUCAUCAUAUGUUCACCAUGGCCAUGGCUCUCGUUUCUUUCACCGGACGGCCUCCCCUCAUCGCUUCCCGGUAUUCAUCAACUCCUUUACCCCUUGAUCUUAGCGACCAGGUACUGUUUUCUGAUCAUGAUACUUUCAUGAAAGCUGUUGGUCGCCUGGACGAAAGAGGAUGGAGUACCGACGGAGUGAUACACCAUACUACCCGGAUAAGGGCGCGCGCGAUCAUAGCACGUCUUCGUGAAGAAUUAUUCGAAAUUGCUCUUGCGAAAGAUCAAGUUGCAUCUAUCGAAACUCUGCUCACUCUUCGAGCUCGUGAAUUACAAGCAGUAGCCGACUUUCCUACCUGCAUACAAUAUAAUCCUCGUGAUGUCGAAGACCCGGAUAUUUCUAUCGAAACAUUAACUUCAAGAUCAUUCGUCCAACUGGAGCAUCUACAGAAUAUGUUUUUCAUUGAGCGACUCCUGCUUCGAAACGGUCAUGAGGACAAAGGCGAUUUAUUGAGGGUUAGCUAUGACCUAGUUGUUCUGACUCUGCCUUGGAAUGAUUGUGAAUGGAUAGUCAUGGCUUAUGCUGUUCCUGCUGGCGGAAUACUCUGCUUGGAGUUGUUAAAACCCACGUUGCACAUUAAACCGCACACUGAUCCGCGAAUCACCCGUUCUAACAUUAUCCAGAAACUCACGCUCCUUGUCGCUUUUUUAGAAUGGGUAUGCCCGUCAGGGUCGGGGCCAAACGGAGACCUCUGCAGCGACGCAAAGUCGGUCAUACGACGCGUUCUUGAUCAAACAUUAAAUGCUGCAUCAAGCGUGUAUGAACCCCCAGUGUUCGAAUGGGACUUUUCAACGCAGAUUGACUUCAGCUUCAACCUUAUGGACACAUUUGACUGGAAUCGACCGGAUUUCCCCUCAAGUCAGCAAUCAAACCAAUAA